UUAUUUGAACUGCUAGGCCCUGAAGGUUUUGAACUCAUAGAGAAACUCCUACAGAACAGAUCUUUGAUUCUGGAAAGAUCUUUGACUUGUCCAAAUGAUAACAGGUUCCAGACUCUGCAAGAACAGUGCAAGAAGUUUAUAGGAGAAAAUGCUAAGCCCAAUUAUGGUUGUCAAGUUACAAUUCAGUCUGAACAAGAAAAACUGUUAAUGAAGCAAUAUCGUCGGGAAGAAAAGCGAAAUGCCAGAAAAGAAAAACAAGCUGGGGAAGAUGGAGAAAUUUCUGGAGAAGGACUAAUGUGCUUUGAUCCCAAAGAGCUGCGGAUGCAAAGAGAACUAGCACUUUUGAAUGCUCGAAGUAUGCCGGUCCUAGGUAGACAGAGAGAGAUGGACUUCGAAAAAAUUCAUUAUCCGCAUGUUUAUGAUUCCCGAGCUGAAGCUAUGAAAACAUCAGCAUUCAUUGGGGGUGCAAAGGUGUUCUUACCAGAGGCAGUUCAGAGAGAAAACAACAAAAUGUAUGAAGAGGUGAAGAUCCCCCAUAGUGAACCAAUGCCUAUUGGUAUUGAAGAGAAGAUUGUUUAUAUUAAAGACUUAGAUGAGAUUGGACAGCUUGCUUUUAAAGGCAUGAAAAGACUAAACCGAAUCCAAUCUAUAGUUUUCGAGACUGCCUACAACACAAAUGAGAACAUGCUAAUCUGUGCCCCCACUGGAGCUGGGAAGACUAACAUUGCCAUGCUGACAGUCCUUCAUGAAAUUCGCCAGCAUGUCCAGCAUGGUGUUAUCAAAAAGGAUGAGUUUAAGAUUGUGUAUGUUGCUCCUAUGAAGGCUUUGGCAGCUGAAAUGACAAAUUACUUCAGCAAGCGUCUGGAACCACUAGGCAUUACUGUGAAAGAGUUGACUGGUGAUAUGCAACUGUCAAAAGGUGAAAUUCUGCGAACACAG